AUGCCAGAACGGACCCAAACUGUGUGUGCGCUGCAGGCCCAUGGAUGUUACUGUGGUCUAUUAAUGUUGAUUAAGGAAUGGUUUCCGCUUCACGAUAAGGAGAGGCUGGAGAAGUGGCUGCGGAACAUGAAGCGAGACGCGUGGACCCCGAGCAAGCACCAGCUCCUGUGCAGCGAUCACUUCACCCCCGACUCGCUGGACGUGCGCUGGGGCAUCCGCUACCUGAAGCACAGCGCCGUGCCCACCAUCUUCGCCUCCCCGGGGGAUGAGGAAGAAGACUCUUCUCAGCAGAAGCCACAAGAGCUAAAGAGAGAAGAUCAGGAAGAAACAAGUGCAAAUGGAGAGUCAGAUAAAGUAUCUGUAUCAUUUGAACCUUGUACACCAAAGAAGAAUCCUGAAGUUGCAGAAAAUACAGAUGAAAAAGCAGUAGUAAUUUGCUCAACUGCAUUGAGUAAACCUCUGCAAAUGGAAAAACUGCAACCUCAAAACAGAGAAGACUUUCAAGCUGGCAGUGUAAUUCUUAAUAAUUCAUUUAAACAGCCUAUAAAUCAACCUAUGCACAUUUUAAUGACAACAGCAGUCCAGAACAUGGAAUCUACCAGUGUUCAUGAUUCUGAAGAGAAUCCAGUAAGUUGUGCAGCUACAGUCUUGCAGCUUGCAGACCCUGAGUACUUGAAUUCAACUCUGACAUUGAAAAAUUCUUUAGGUUCAAUUACUGCCUAUCCAAUUGAAAAUCCUGACUGUCACAUGGCCGGCUGCUCUGUCGAAGUACAGCCAGCCAGUGAAAAUGCCAUUUUAGUCAGUUCAGUCACACAAACUUUUGAACAAUUUAAUGGAAGUGAAGAAUCUGUCAUUGCUAUCGUUGUACCAGCUGAGAGUCCUCAGGAGCCUGAAAUACUAAACGGCUCUUUCCUGCCCAUUAACCAAGAGUUUCUUGACAUGGAAGAUACAGAAAUGGAAACAGAAAAAUCUGCAUUAGUGAAUGCAUAUAGUGGGAUUGAAGUAUUUCAAACUGAACAUUCAUACUGCAAACAAGAGCUAGACAGAGAUCACCUUUGGCAAAAAUUUUCGAAACUCCACUCUAAGGUAAGUUUACUUGAAAUGCAGGAGAUAAAAACUUCGGGGAGGCUCAGAUCCUUGGAAGCUCUUAUUGGACAACUGAAGCAAGAAAACCUGCUUUCUGAAGAAAAGCUCAAGAUAGUAGAAAAUUGCUUCACAACACUUGAAGUCACUAUGAUACAGUAAAGGCUUUAAAUAACUGUUCUAAAAUAAUUUUUUUAGUAUCUCUGAUUGCUGUUUUGUAUAAAUUAACUUUUGUUUC